GAGUAUUCCGACGUCGGUGGGGGCCAGGUUAACCCUCUCGAAUCACAGAUAAGCAUUCAUCAACAUGUCUAGGGCUGUCUUGUUUGGCCUGGGGCUUGAUGAAUUCAGGCCCCCUGGCCCUGUUGCAAGGUCCAACCUGCUCCAUCCUACUCUACUGUACCAAACGACACUUGCCCAAGACGAUAGCACAACCGUAUUGGUCAGUCUGGGCCAUGUGGUGUCUAGGAGACAAUGUCAGAGUGACAGAUAGCCUGCUACCAUUUACCAUUCCAAGUAAGUAAGGUACCAUUGACAAUAUGAAAAGGCUUCGUUGGCGGUUUCGAAAGCUGCCUACCGCGACCACGGCCCGCAUUUUCCUUUCUGACUAGCAGUAUCUUGCCCUCAGGGUCCUCGUUGGUCUGGCUGCGAUGCGCGGCGUGCUCCAGUCUGUGGCCCAGAGUCGGGACCCUCGCAACCCAUGCUGGUGGCUAUAGAUGGCAACAUGCUAUAAUACCCAUUCCCGUGCCCUGGAUGCAUCUCGAUCUCGAUCAAUAAAGCAAGCGUUUGACUUCCAAGAUACAAGGUAUAUCGACGUUGAAUGAACAACCCGGCGCCAUGAACGACCGGGACUCAACCAAGAGGGCGUCAGCCCGCACGACGUCAAAUGCGUCACCCACCGUCAAAGGCUCUCGUGGCCGUCCCCGGACGCAAGGCAAAGAACAAAUCCUCGCCUCUCUGAAAACACUUCUCGACUCGGACAAAGAUGUUGAUGAAUUUACAUCAGCGCCGCCUCCCGCCUCGCCGCCCCCCAAGGGCAACACUUCUGGUCGUGAGGCAACAGAAAUGCCAAUGCCCGCUGGAAGCCCAGCUUUGCACACAGGUCUUCAAACUCCGGUAUCCCUCGACUGGCCAGACCUGAGCGUGACUUGCCCUUUUGGUACUUUUUCUCCGAUCGACUUCUCGGGGACAGGGUUUAGUGAGCACGUCCCCGAUCUUACCACGGACCCAACCUUUGCCGAUCUGCUGGACAGUAGUAAAGCCACGAGUACACAUCUGCAUUGGCCGCAUGUGCAGGAACCAUCUCACAUGAUGGGCUCGCAGCACAAUACGAGCCGACAAUCAAUUUCUAUGGCUACUCCUGGUCCAUCUGUGGAUACCGUGGGAGGCGUGGAGUUCACUAUGAUGGAUGCUCCUCACGUGGGAUCGUUCCAACCACAUGGCACCGAGGUAGGGCGAUCGACAAUACAGCAGCAACCACAACAUAGCCAACGGCAUGAACCUUCUCCAUACUUUGACCCCGAGCAUGCAGCAGAACCAUCAUCAGGACCGUCCUGCAGCUUGGCGCAAACCCACAGCUCGACGCCCUCUCGCGAUAACACGGAGCAAUAUAAUAGUCCUCCCAAAUACGAACGGCCCCGCUUUCCCCGUCGGCGCACCCAGCCCGAUGCAGCUUCUGCUCCGGGCUCCGGGUCGGGGAAUGGCGGCGUCGGGGCAUCGCGACCCAAGGUCGAUCGAGCCCAUUCUUUGAUCGAGCGCCGAUACCGAGCAAGACUACAGGACAAAUUCCAGACUCUCCGCGAUUGCGUCGCCCGCUGGAAACAGGCCGAACUGGAUUCCGACUCGGGCGAACAAGAAGAAGAUGCAUCCGGAUUCAAGAUGAACAAGGCAAGCGUGCUUACAGAGGCCGUCAUGUGCAUUUCUCAUCUCGAGGAGGAGAAUGAAUACCUCUACACCGAACUCGAGGCCAUCAUUGACUACGUCCAAGUAGUGAAGAAACGGGGUGGCCGUGGUAAUGGUGGUGGUGUAGAAGGAGCAGAAAACAGUCGUCUCCACUACAACAACAAAUGCAGCAAUUCAAACACCAACACCAACACCAACGCCACGACAGAGCAUACUACCUCGUCAACAACUGACGCCUCCGCCUCGUCGUGGUGAGUUGGGACAUGAAGAAACGGCCAUUUUUUUUUGCUGAUAUGAAAUUGCAAAUUCGAACCGGAGUCGAAAUGGGCGUUUGUCGGCGUACAGGACGUACUUACUCUACCUCUGCCACCCUUGUUGUGGGGAAUCGAAUCAUGAUUGUUCUUUUUGUCUGUUUCGUGUUACGGGAAAUCUUGGGCCAAAGAAAGUUCAUACGGUAUAUAUUACAUCCACUGGGAAAAGAUUCACCUUGAUACAAUAUACCUUGUGAGCACUUGAAAGAACAAAAAAGGAAAGAAUAUCUCUCCUGUCAAUGGACUCGACGCCUCAUUUAUAUAUUUGCCACCAAUGCCACUGUGCUGUGCUGUGGCCCAUCGGACGAAAUCCACUCGGAGAGAGCCACGACGGACGAAUUCUUGCACCAUCGCCGUUCCCAAUGACGAGCCACCAUUAACCAAGAGAGAAUGAAGUCCGUUGUGUCAGCUCAGGGAAACACGAAGCACCGACCACCGAGUCACCGACAGCAUAUGGUCACUGGUCACUGGUCACUGAUCACCACUCGUAUGUUCCGGCCGAUGGUCUUUCGUCCCUCUGAGUCGUCACAUACCCACCUACAGUUGUCUGCCCACUCCUGUCUUCCAGAAGGAUUGGGUACUGUACAGUACCUCGGUAUCUUCCUUCAUUCUAGAAUAUCGGUACCAAAGGAUACAAUCUGUCUCGACUCUACAGUCAGCCACAUGGAAAGUACAUGCAGGACCUACUUUGUACUACUACCGUACUACUUAACUAUCGAAUCGACUUUCUCUGUACUAUGAGGCAGGCUUUCGACCCGAUCCUCUAUACAGUAGUGGCCAGGUGAGGCAAACAAAACAAAUUGUUUGCUGCUCAGAGUCGUGGUAGUGUAUGCACAACCGCAAACACAAAACGCACAUGUUUCUAUUCCCAUGCAUGUCAGUGAGCCUUCCAAAUCUCCUUGUCUUCCAGUGGAGCGUGGUACUGGUAAAGGACACUACCAGUCGUGCGUUGUAGUCUGUAAACUCAAUACUCACGGUGCGUGAUAUCCAAUCAAUCGAUCAAUCAAG